GACAAAGAGUUCAUUUAUUUAUGCCAUAAUAAUGCCAAGCAGAUAAUCUUUCAUUUUCUACACAAAUAUAUGCAACAAGAUUAAAUCAAUAAAACUUGCACAGCACGUAUAAUCUACUGAACGGGUUUGCCUCUUUAAGCAGCUUAUUAAAAUGACCAAAAGGACACAUUUGCUUUAGAGGUUUAACCAGCUUUCCAAGCUAACCAUCUGCAGGAGUAGCAUUUGUUCUUUGAAAUUACAAAGCUUCUUUGAUAAAGGAAAUGUCUGCAGAAUAGGAUAAAUGUUCCCUCCAGAACUCAGUUGAGUGGUUCUUUGGAAUGAAGGGUUUUUCAGUAUGGAUGUCACACAACUCCUGACCUCUGUGAAAAAAUCAUUCUGCAAAAUCCUCAGCAUCUGCAAUUUGGCAUGGAGCCCAAGGUUUUGGUAUAAUACAUCCCAGCAGCUUGUACUGCAGGUCACCCAAGAGAUCACAUCUGCCCUGAGUCAAGUAGAAGAGGCUGGUACACAUAAAAGUGGAAAUGGUCUGUCUUUGAGCAAGAACCCUCAGAAUACAGAAAGUGAGGAGCUAAGAGCAGAAUUAAGAUGGUUACAAGACAUCAGCAUCUCCUCUAUCAGGAGGCUCCAAAUGGUUGAGGAACACCUGGAAAAGCUUGAAUCUGAACUGAGUGAGGAGAAAGAACAGUGUAGAACAAGAUACCAAGAGCUGAUGGCAGAACAACGUAUUGUAAAAGAACAGAACAGCACAAUAAAAAUAAAAGACAUGCAAAGAGUAGAACAUAAAAUAGAAGUUCCUACUGCUACUACCACUGGAGACAUGACAUGCAUGAAAGAUGUUAGACAAGCAAUAAGUAAGGAAGUAGUAUUAGGCGCACAUGAAACCCAGCCUUCAACAGAUGGCAUAAGAUCUUCAGAAAGGAAUUCCUCUCUUACCGCCUGCUUAUGCAGAUCAAGGCCUGCUUUUACUAACUUUGGCAGAACAAGUGCAUGGACAAGCUGUAAGCAUCUUCGUGUAUUUGUUCCUCGUUCCCCACUGGAUCUAAAGAUUGGGAGCAGGGUCAAGGUUCUUCUGCCAUCAGGCAGAAUUGGCACAGGAGGAGUGUGCACUAUGGGACUAGUGCCCGAAAAGGCAGAACUGCAAGUGGGUGUGCACAUUGAAGAGCCAGAAAAUUGGCAAUGCAAAGUAGUAUUUGAAGGGCAGCAUUCAUGUACUGGGAAACAAGACAACGGAAUAUCUAUUCCUUUUAGUAAAAUAUUGAUGGUUUGGGAGUAACCAUACACAGAAGAUGGCUAUGUUUCAGGAAAAAAGAAGUUAUUUUUCCCUCUUUUUGUUGCAAAAGCUGUUCGUAUAAACUCCUUAUUAAAGAAAGAUGUGAUUACCAACCGACAGAUUGC